AUGUGAGUGAGCGGCGUAUAACAGUGUAUGUGAGCGUGUGUGUGUGCGCACUCUGGCUUCCAAUCCUUCCUGGAGGAGAGAGGCUCUCCUCUUCACUAGACGGCAAGGGACAUUUUGAAGCGGGCAAGCUGUCGCCCUUGUGGACCUGAGAAUGUUUCGCAAGAAGAAAAAGAAGAGGCCUGAGAUAUCAGCGCCCAAGAACUUUGAACACCGUGUCCACACCUCAUUCGACGCCAAGCAUGGCUGCUUUGUAGGCCUGCCGACCCAAUGGCAAAGCCUAAUAGAGAACCUGCGCAGGCCCAAACCCAUGGUGGACCCUUCCAGGAUCACAGAGGUGGAGCUGAGGCCAAAGAAGACCAUUGUGCGUGGGAGCAUGAUCGGUCACGGAGACUACAUCGCAGCCAUGAUCAAUGAUAUGAGCCGUCUGUCUGUGACCAGCUCCAACUCGCUGAGGAAGAGCAGCCCCUCAGCCAGGAAGAGGGCCCAGUCUCUGGGAAGGCUGGGGGAAGUGAACGAGGGAGACCCUUACCAGUACGAGGGCCUGACCCAGGAUGACGAGGACGACGAGAAUGUGGGUCAAGACGAGUGGAGGGACAAGGCCAGGAACAUCCACAGUGAGACCAACACGCCCUACUUGGGCAUGAAGAAGAGCAUCACUCUGCAGCCCAAUGGGAUCUUGCCGAAGGCGAAGUCCACCUAUGAAGUCAGCGUCAGCUCCCUGGAGGGACCCUCGCAACCGAUUCAGUCCCAGAACGUCCCAGUGCUAAGUCACGGGACUUACAUGAGCGGAGAGGUGGGCAGCCCUCAGGAGAGAGUGAUAUGGAAGAGAGAUUUCCAGCUGCCUAGGGGAAUGCCGCCAAGUCAAAGACCUAUAGCCUGUUUUUACAGCCCAGCUAUGACUGUGCAGCAGCCCCAUGGAGAUCAAGCCACGGUCCCCACGGAGCUCCGGCCCAACCUACCGAUGUACAUGCACCCUCAGAACAGCCCCGGGAGGCCGUUCUCCUCCUAUGACCUGAAAGCAGAGUCGGCAGUGAGGUACCACUCCAGCUUCCUGCCCACUGGCAACAGCAGUCCUCUUGUGGGUGGCAUCAGACCGCAGCGGACUGUGCGCUCCUCAGCUAGCUACACGCUGGGCCUGUCACCUAACAUGGGACUGAGGCCCAAUGGGCCUGACCCCUUCCUCAGACACUCUGGGUGCCCCAAUCCUCCCUACCCCCGGCAAGACAGCCCUUCCCAACCUCGACCCUCCCCGACAGGUUCACUAGCCACCAGUCCUCCAGGCACCUGCUCCCCUGCCUUCAGACCCCCACAACAUCCUUCACCCAGGCCACCACCAGACCCACCCAAGGUGACCCAUGAACAGUUCAAGGCGGCCCUGCAGAUGGUGGUAGACAAGGGUGAUCCAAGGUCUUACCUGGAGAACUUUGUGAAGAUUGGGGAGGGCUCGACAGGGGUGGUGUGUAUUGCUACAGAGAAGCACAGCGGCAGGCAGGUGGCGGUGAAGAUGAUGGACCUGCGGCGGCAGCAGAGGAGGGAGUUGCUCUUUAACGAGGUGGUCAUCAUGAGGGACUAUCAGCACAGGAACGUGGUGGAGAUGUUUAAGUCAGCCUUGGUGGAGGAGGAGCUGUGGGUUAUCAUGGAGUACCUGCAGGGCGGAGCGCUGACCAACAUCGUGUCUGAGACCAGGCUGAGUGAAGAGCAGAUUGCCACAGUGUGUGAAGCUGUUCUGCAAGCCCUGGCCUAUCUCCAUUCACAGGGAGUCAUCCACAGAGACAUCAAGAGUGACUCUAUACUACUCACAUUAGAUGGAAGGGUCAAGCUUUCAGACUUUGGCUUCUGUGCUCAGAUCAGCAAAGACAUCCCUAAAAGGAAGUCUCUAGUGGGGACACCCUAUUGGAUGGCUCCUGAGGUCAUCUCCAAAUCACCAUAUGGCACUGAGGUGGACGUUUGGUCAAUGGGUAUCAUGGUGGUGGAGAUGGUGGAUGGAGAGCCCCCAUAUUUCAGUGAAACCCCUGUAGCAGCGAUGAAGAGGCUGAGGGACGAGCUGGCUCCUACUGUGCGGAAUGUCAGCCAGAUCUCCCCAGUUCUAAAAGACUUCCUGGACCGGAUGCUGACCCGGGACCCCCUAGAGCGGGCAAGCGCCACUGACCUGCUGGAGCACCCUUUCCUGCUGCAGAGUGGCUCACCUCAGUGCCUGGUCCCACUGGUGGAGCAGUACCGCAAGCGCAUGUCCCGUUGCUGACCCCAUGGGACUCCCGCUCCCCUACACCCACCUUCAGUCUGACCUGCCCAGGCCUCGGACGAGGACCAGCACCGGGGUCCGACUCCUCUAGCACCCAAGCCAACGGGCGACCAGCUCCAGAGAAGUAGACCCAGGCAGCAUGUUGCUGCCAGGGUGAUGGCGGCAGGAUGGCAAGUUUGGUUGACAGACACCGCAUGGUCUUGGGCAUGAGAGAAGCACUUUAGGAGUGAGUUAAAGGCAGCAUGCAGUUCCUCACCUCUCAACUCGGUUUGAUCCGAAUAUUGAUUGGCUUCCUGUAACAUUCAGUGGGAUUCAACACAACAUGGUGCAUAUCAACUGAUAGCAAAAAACAAUACUCCAUGUAACUAUAUGUAAUGAACAUGUGUUACUCUAAAGAUCCUUUAUAGUGUUCAUAGUGGGCAUUAUGCUUGCCAUGUAAAGCUUAUAAAGCUGGUGUUAGGCUCAAACCACAGUAGCUCAUUGUGACAAUACUAAGGAAGGAUAAAGUUACCUCUGCACACACACACACACACACACACACACACACACACACACACACACACACACACACACACACUCCCUGUUGUGGAAACUCGACAACAACCUGGUCAGUACACUCCAGAAACACUGGCAGUAGACUCUUUGCAUGGCCAAAUGGAGGCACACCUGGCCUGAUGUGAAUGCUUGAAUAUGUACCAAACUGGGAUGUGAAAGACAAUUCUCCUUCAUUAGCAUAAUAAAUGGGUAGAUGAAAGCCCAGCUGCUACUAUUGGGCUAUUGGAAAAUCACCAGUACCAUAUUCCUCUUUUUCGUAUUUAUUCUUUAUUUCCAAAAGGUGUUGUGGGUUGUUUGUAUGAUGUGAAGUUGCAAAUAAGGUUUCAUUACUAAGUAUGGACUUGAAACAUAAGCAGAUGAAUUAAUAAUGUAAAUAAAACUGAAUAUUAGAUCCUUAUACAGUACCUGCUGAUCUACUGCAGUAAAUUAUAGAAGAUGAAUUCAAAAUUUUACUUUACUGAAAUGUGAGUGUAUAGUUGCGUGUAUGUGUGCAUGCGUGUGCGAGCACACGGGCACAUGGAUGUGUGUGAGGUGACAUCUCAGUGUUCGCGUCUGAUACAACCCUCUUUGUAUUGAAAACCACAAGAUGUGUGUGUCACUCCUCAACAAGAUGUGUAUGACUGUAUUUGCAUUUGUUUG